AUGUAUAGGCUCAUGGUAUUUGCGUUUGUGAUUGGGGCAGUGGUGUGUCAACAAGAAGGUGGACGAAGGGUUCCCAAAUAUGCUGGAGACCCAAAAACGGCUGCCAUUAUACAAGAAGCGCGUUAUUUAAGUGGCAAUGGAGCCUUUGGAGCCGCAUAUCAACAAGAAGAUGGCAUUGAUUUUAAAGAGGAGACAGACGCCGAGGGCAACAGACGUGGCAGUUAUUCAUACAUUGACCCCUCUGGAGAAAGGAAAACAGUGAGCUACGUUGCUGGCAAAAACGGCUUUAUGGCCACUGGCGAUCACAUCCCCACUGCACCACUACCAGUGGCACCCACUCCAGGCUAUGAGCCCGACCCUCGUUACAAUUCUCCAAACUACAAAGCACCUCAGUACAGUGCUUCACAGCAGUACACAGCUCCCGCGGCGCCUAGGAACUACGGAGGCAAACCUAAUGUAGAUGAUGGCCAAUACUAUCCUGAGCUGUAUGAGCAAGAAAACAACGUCGCUCCCCAACCUCAGUACCAACCUCAGCCUAAAUACCAGGCACCACAGCAGCAAUACCAGAUAUCGCAGCCUCAAUAUCAAGCUCCUCAGCAGCAGCAGCAGCCACAAUCUCAUUUUCAAGCAAACACCAUCUACCCAGGUGUUCAGCAAGCUCAAUAUAGCGGAUUGUCGUCACAGCAAUACUCCGCACCACACCAAGCUCAAAAUAUUCAGCAGUACUAUGAACCUACUACACCGCCACCUACGCGCUUUUUCCCUCCUGGCAAGUUCAGCCUAAACCGAGCGCCUGAUGGUUAUACAUACUCUUUCCACCAAGCUUAA